CAGGGGCCGCGGUGCGCAGCCGCCGCGCUGGGCACCCACCUGCCGCCGCCGGCGCUGGGCUCGGGGCGCGGAGGGGCGCGCAGGCGGCGGGCGGCGCUGGGCUCGGGCGCGGAGGGGCGCGCAGGCGGCGGGCGGCGAGGGCCGGCCCCACAGCGGGUGAGUGAAGUCGCAAGAAGCUCAGUACUCCUGGAUGGUUGAAAUCUUGGCAAGCAUCAUCAAUCUAGCCGUGCAGCGAAAGCCAUGUCUCUGCCCUUCCGAAAAGAGUUGGAGAAAUAUAAGAAUAUCAACGAAGAUGAAAUACUCAGCAAACUCUCAGAGGACGAACUGAAACAGCUAGAGCAUGUUCUCGAUGACCUUGACCCUGAGAAUGCCUUGCUUCCCGCGGGAUUUCGGCAAAAGGAUCAGACCACUAAACCUGCCACGGGCCCUUUUGACAGAGAGCGCCUGCUCUCAUACUUGGAGAAGCAAGCACUUGAGCACAAAGACAGAGAAGACUUUGUGCCAUUUACAGGGGAAAAGAAAGGAAAAAUAUUUAUCCCUAAAGAAAAGCCCAUAGAAACUCGUACAGAAGAGAAAGUGACCCUGGAUCCGGAACUAGAAGAAGCCCUGGCCAGCGCUUCAGAUACCGAGCUCUAUGACCUUGCAGCUGUUCUUGGAGUGCACAACAUGGUCAACAACCCAAAAUUUGAUGAAGGAGGAGCCCGCAGUAAAGAUGGAAAAGGAACCGUGAGAAAUGUGGUGAAAGGUGAAAAGGUCAAGCCCAUCUUUGAGGAGCCACCUAAUCCAACCAACGUGGAAGCAAGUUUACAAAGGAUAAAAGCAAAUGAUCCUAAUCUCAUAGAAAUUAAUCUCAACAACAUAAAGAAUAUUCCUAUUCCAACACUGAAAGAAUUUGCAAAAGCUUUGGAAAGCAACACGCAUGUGAAGACAUUCAGCCUUGCAGCUACUCGAAGCAAUGACCCUGUAGCUAUUGCAUUUGCAGAUAUGUUGAAAGUGAACAAAACACUGAAGAGUCUGAAUGUAGAAUCAAACUUCAUCACUGGGACGGGUAUUUUGGCACUGAUUGAUGCACUGAAAGAGAAUGAAUCCCUGACAGAGAUUAAAAUUGACAACCAGAGGCAGCAGCUGGGGACAGCUGUAGAGAUGGAGAUUGCCAAAAUGCUGGAGGAGAACUCCAAGAUUCUCAAGUUUGGAUACCAGUUCACAAAGCAAGGUCCAAGAACCAGGGUAGCAGCAGCUAUCACUAAAAACAACGAUCUGGUUCGUAAAAAGCGGGUGGAAGGAGAGCGGCAGUAGCUACACCAUAGAGGAUGCAAGGCAAGGUUGGAGGCCACCAACAACUGCAAUCUCAGAGUGCUCACUGGUCAGAAGGGAAGGCACUGGAAAAUCAUUACAAUGGGAGUUGCUCAUUUCUGUUAAUGUCUCCUUUUAAUCUCAAAAACACAGCCUGUUCAUUGUUAAUGUUCACAGUUAAUUUAAUUUUCAUGAGAAAGAUUCACAGCUGGUUUAAUUUUAAUGAAAAAUAAGUUUUGCAAUAUCUAAAGCCAAUAUGCAGAAUCUUAACUGUGUUACUAAGCAUAAUAUAUAGUGAUUCUAACUCUUAUUUUAGACACUUUUUGAUGUGUUAAAAUAUGAUCUUAUCUAUGGAUAAGGGAUUCUCUGCUGAAAAUAGAAAUUUUAGGGCCAAGUUCUGCAAUGCCUUAUGUUUGUGAAUAAUCCUUACUUACAUGUGUAUAGUUCUGCCGAACUGAGUCCUGCAAUGGGAUGCUCCCAGGAGUAGAACUAGUAAUGCCAGUACAGGUUUGCAGGAUCGCACCCUUGAGCCUCUCUCCUGCAGUGGGAUCUGGGCAGCUGGAACCACACUGGAACAGUGCCCUUCUACCUUCUUGGGUCUCCACCUGUCCAGGUCCAAAUGCAGGAUCACGCCUAGAUGUAUAAAUAUCAUCAAAGCCUACUUGUUUACAUAAGCUUAGGUUAGGUGGAUCAUUUUGCAAUGUUACACUGGUAUUUGUUAUUGUUACUUCACAUUGUAAAGUAAUAUUAGUGCUGCCAAUCCUAUAGACUUCAAAUGCUCUGAGUUUUUUUUCUAGGCCAACCGUUUUUUAUUUGCUACUAGAAUGCACAGUUUACAGCUGUUAAUCUGAACAAGUAUUCUGAGCAAUAUUUGUUUUGCUUUGAGCCAUGCAUUUGACUACUUUUUUUUUUUUUUUUUUAGUUCUGGUAUUUAUGUACAUUUGUUAGUAUUAUAGAACUGUUCUCAGGACCUUUUAGAUGAAAAGUAAUUAAAUAGUUAAUCCAGGUGAGCAACUGUGCUACCAGGGGAAAAAAAAAACAUUAAAAGGGUAGUUGUGACAGCUACAUAACUUAGAUCUAUAGGCUUCAGUUCAGGUUUGUCCCUGUAUCACAAGGCACUUAGGUGUUUGCAUCAGUAUUUAGCUGAAUAAGGGCAGAUUUAAGCAUAUGCACAAAUGCUUUGCUAAAUCAGAGCCUUAACUCAGAUACUGGACAUAAUCUUAACCCAGUGGAAAGCACUCGGGAAGCAGCAGCUAACCCCAAUGCUCAACUGCAUCAAAAUUUUAGUAAGAAUUCAGUCUGAUCCAUUUUGUGUAUUUUACAGUUUAAAACUGUUCUCUACCACUGUUUUAUCACUGCCAACAGUUGUCUCUGACUAAUAGCCAGAGGUUUGCUUUGGGUGCACAUACCUAUGCUGUAAGAGCUAAGGGAGGCUUGGAUUCGGUGUGGCACACAUGCCAAUGCUUUCAGAAAGCUGCAGAAACACACAUGGGGCUAGCGCUGCGACCCGGGAAACACUGGCCUCUCCUCUGAGAGCUCCUUCGGGACACCAGGAAUGAAGUGCUGCUUCCUUCACCUCGGUGCCGGCACAGUGCUGGAGGUCAUGGUCACUGCAGGGUCCCCCUGACCCAGGGAGGAGAGCUGUGAGCCACCGUGCGGCUGGGCAGCCAGGGAUCAGAAACCGCAGGAGCCCCAGGAGCAGUUGGUACAUGUCUGACAUGCUUCCCUGACUGAUGUUUUGAUGACCAGAGUUGGAGUGCAAGCUAACAGGAUGAACCCUCCCUCCGUGCCUUCUGUAAUGGAAAUGAGUAGGUCCAAGGCAAUACUUCCCAUUGGAUACUGGUCUUCAUACUGGGGUCCAAACUGAAUAACAUACACUUAAAUCCCACUUAAAAUACUUCGCUAAAGUGGUUUGCUGAGCUGGGAUGUAAAGUGCAGUAUGCACAGUUCCUUCCCUUCCUCAGAACAAGGCUGAACCCUUUGCUUUGCAAGUGAAAAACAUAACACACAGGGGAGUCUUGCUGAGAUUUUUCCUGGAUCCAUGCAGGAUUUGCUGUGAAAAACUUUGGUAUCCCAUUUAAAAAUAAUAAAAAAAAAGACAAGUUCUGUAACACAGUCAUAACUUUGCAUGGGUUUAAACAAACAGUCCUUAAAAAUAACCGGAUUACCAGGGGAAUACUAGGCUUUACAGCAUCAAGUCUCAUGGGUAGGAAGAAUCCUCAUCCCCAAAAUCUAAAGAUUAUGGUACUGACAAACUUCAGUGAUUAGAAUUAUACUGACCCUAUUUUCUUCUUUUCCUUUGAUCCAAUCAAGGGAAUCCCAACUAUCAAUUAGGGUUUUUUAAUGUAUUUUGAAGAUAUUUUCCUUUAUGGCUACUUUUUUUUUUUAGGGGUGGUACAUAUAUGUGUUUAAGGGAAACAAGUGCAAUCCAUUUCUAGUCUUAAUUGCCAUUUGAAGUGUUGGUAUUUGCAUGCAGCAGUUUUACAAGGAUGGAUUGGACUGACCGCUUCAUGAUGUCUGCAGCAUGUCAUCCUGUAUAGCUUCGCUCAGAGCCACACAAGUGGUUAUAUAGUCAGGUGGCUCCAUCCGUGUCAGCUACAGUUUGCAUCAAGGACCAAGAUACUUAGCUGGGGAAGUCUCUCUGGGCUCUCCAUCCCUUCGUCUGCCAUGCUUUUUGCACAGGCAUGUUUCCUCUGAAGGGAGGAUUCUUCAGGCACUUGAAGUUAUAAUCUCAAACACCAGCCCCACCAUGCACUAGCAGCCAGUGCCUGGAGCUGUGCACCCCACGGCGAGGCAUCUGGGAAGUCUGGCUCCUUCCAGUACGUGAGGAGAGCUCCUAAUCCCUGGCCAUUUUCUCCAGGCAGCUGCUGCCAGUGCCUGCCAGGGAGCUGGGUGACCAGGGAUAUCUCUGUCCUGCCUCUUCUGUGUGCUCCACGCAAGGGCUUUGUCGUCACUUGGCCUUGAGCAUCACAAGUCAAACAUUGCACCAAUAUAAAGAUCUAUUCAAUACAACAACAACACACAAUGGUGAUGCUUGAAGGCAGAUUUUCAUAUUAAUAUAGGCUUAUUUAGCUGGUUAAAAAUCUCUGCAACUAACACAAACGGGGUCAGGAUAUGACUAGCCAUUUUAAAUUCUGCUUUCAAGCAACAUCUGGCAUACUCAAUGCUGAAUGGGGAACAGGGACAGAAGAGUCCUUUUUUCUUAGGCAAACAUUCAGGAGUAACUGUGUCUAUUUUGCACGUUGCUUCUCGUGUUGACAGCUUCAGUUUGGUUUGUAUUUUUUAUACAGUUUUUUCAUGGAAAAGCUCAACUUUGUGCGUGUCCUAACAUAUGUGUGAACUGUAGUGUGCACUAAGGACCGUAUGUGUACAUGUAUAACUCUAGAUGAAGACGUUAUCUCUGGACAAAAGUAACUGCAUGCGCACAGUGUGGUGCAUAUUACUCAAGAGGAAGAGAAUUACCACGCUAUGUAACAGUGACUCCCUAGCAUUGUGGUUUUUCUAAAUAAAUCUUCAUAAAGGA